AUGGCCCAAAAAUGUGGGUUUCUAAAGACACUUUCUUUCUGCACCUCCAUAGUAUCUUCGUACCAUAUGUUUGAUGGCAGAUUCAGAAGUUUCUCUUGCGAUUCAUUGUGUGGGGUUUGUUCUAGUUUACAACAGACCAAGAAUAUUAGAUAUUCGAUGACAGAUUCAGAAGUUUCACGUGCAACAUAUUCAUUAUGUGGGCUUUAUUCUAGUUUACGGCAGAUCCAGAGUAAAAAUGAAGCCCAUUACAACGUCCUCCAAGGUCGGCGAGUUUUGCGGGGCAUGAACUGA